AUGAUGUUCCCAUGUCUAUCAGAUUUAAACAAACUUGGGGGACUUGUUGCGGUUACAAAAGAACUUAAUCACUCUGAUCCAGGUAUAAGGACAGUUGCUGCAUGGGUUCUUGGGAAAGCUAGUCAAAAUAAUCCAAUUGUUCAGCAGCAGGUCAUGGAAAUUGGAGUGCUCUCAAAGCUGAUGAAAAUGGUAAACUCUAAUUCCGUAGAAGAAGCCAGUAAAGCAUUAUAUGCUGUUUCAGCUUUGAUUCGGAAUAAUUUGGCUACUCAGGAAUUGUUCUUUGGUGAAGCUGGAGGUUGGAUGCUUCAGGAUAUUUUGAACAAUGCAAGUGUGGAUAUUAAACUACGGAGGAAAGCCGUACUUCUAUUGGCUGAUCUAGCAGGGUAUCAAUUAGAAAAUGUAGAUAGAGGCGAACCACCAUUUUUCAGUGACCAGAACCUGUUGAAAUCUGUGGUGGACUUAACUGCAUCAACCAACCUUGACAUCCAGGAAAAGGCCCUUGUUGCGAUUAAGAGUCUUUUGCAACUAAGAACCACUGUGACUCGGGUUUUCAAGGACUUCUGUGAUUUAGGCGAUGCACUGAACAGAGUGAGGCAGUUGUUGCAUGAUUUGAUGGAGGAUGAGUAUCAGAGAGACUAUGUGAUGGAUCUGGAACGUCUUCGUGUUGAAGUGGAACACAUUUUCCAGAAAAAGCUGGCACAUCAAUGA